UUCAUUCUGACAACAAAGGUCCUCUUUUUUGUACUUGAGUUCCGCUAUGCCAUAUCCAGCCUAUGAUCCUCCGCCUGCUGGGCCUCUCUUACUGAUCUCCCUGGCCAGCUUAUCAAAGCUUUUCCUGCAAUUUCUUGUCUGUUUGUGGUUCCCCUCUUCAACUCUGAUAUCGUUGCAUGUAGAGUACAUCCCCGCUCAUUUGACUCGUCCAAUUCCCUCUGGAGCGGAGAAUGCAGAGAACUUGAUUCUCAAGUUUCCAAAGCCAUGCUGACUGAAAAUGGGACCAGACGGUAUGUUCUUUUUCGCAAUUGGCUCCCUGAAGGGUAAUUUUCGGUUAAUGUGACGUCUCUGAACUUCAUUGCGAAGUUGGGUGUUGAACAAAAAGGAAAUGAAUCGAGGCAGGAGCUGCAGCUGUGUGGAUUUGAAAAGCUGACAGCCCUUGCGGCCCGAAAUGCCCGGCUGGAGAUGAAGGUUUUGCCAGGCAGAAAAGAUGUUCAAAGGCUCGCUGUGAAGAUCGCUCUAGUAACUAGAUACAGCCCCAAUUGAAUCAUCUUACUCCUUUUUCGUCCCGGUAUGAAUGACGGUUCAAGUCAGGCAGUUCUAUAGAUUCCUUUAGCGGAACUAUCUCAAAUGCGCCGAGGUAUGGACCGUAUAACCAAAUAACCGGUGCUGCUUUCAAGCAGGCCUCAUCGUGACAGUGCAGACACCAGCCGUCAUCAGCAUCCACCACCAUUCGUUCACUCGUUCUCGUCUUGGCGGGGAGAGUUUCUCGCCCUUUCUCGACCCUCCUACGAGGCGAAAAGGCCCCGUCCUAUGAGAU